AAUUAUUCGAUAUAAUCUUUAUUCACAGUGUAAUUACACCACUGGAGUCCGGGGAAAGAAUAGUGUACCAACAUUGUAGAGAGAAGUACGACUUCAAAUGUCCACUGAACAAUUCUGAAGUAGCAAGACAAGUAAAUGGAUCGCUGUAAGUAGUAGCAAAUACUUUUUCCAUGGUUCCGGCAGAGUCGUUAACCCAAUCCUCGAGCGGUAAAGAGGUUGUUUCCGAUACAACCUCAACUCAAAUAAAUGCAAUUCAAAGCAGAUCAAAAAUGAAACUACAAAUGUAGAGAAGCCAUGUCAAUUCAUGCAUUUGGGCUCAUCAAAUGUAGAGAGAUCAACAUUCUCACGUACAGUGGAUUUCCUGCGGCCUAUACACACAAAGCCCAACAAAAUGUUUGGGCUCAUCAUUCAAAAAGGGCUUGGGCUUAUAAAUGGGCUAGUAGAUUCCGUUGCCGCCUUUAAAACGGCCCAUUAGCAUCAGUGACGCAUAUAUCACGUGAUUAGCCAUAUCCCUAACUAACUAUGGUAAACUUUUCACCAACCACGGUGACUUUUAACCCAAGUCCCCUCUCUAACAAACUCUCCAAGAUCCUGACACCUGUCCCAUCUAACGGCUGUGAUUAUCUUCCAAUAAAUUAUCCGCUUUCACAUCGUCCUAUAUAACAUUCCGCCUCGCCUAAACCCUAAGCACAAUCGUACCCAGUAAGCUUGAGAAAUUUCUAGAGAGAAAAAAGAGAAUGGCAAAUCCAAAGGUUUUCUUUGACCUCACCAUCGGCGGCCAACCGGCCGGACGCGUCGUGAUGGAGCUGUUCGCCAACGAUGUUCCUAAGACGGCGGAAAACUUCCGUGCACUCUGCACCGGCGAGAAGGGCGUCGGAAGGAUGGGUAAGCCUUUGCACUACAAAGGCUCCACCUUCCACCGUGUGAUCCCAGGGUUCAUGUGUCAAGGAGGUGAUUUCACCGCCGGAAACGGUACUGGAGGAGAAUCGAUUUACGGCGCUAAGUUUGCUGAUGAAAACUUUAAGAGGAAGCACACCGGACCUGGAGUUCUAUCCAUGGCUAAUGCUGGACCUGGAACCAACGGUUCACAAUUCUUCAUCUGCACUGCUAAGACUGAAUGGCUUGAUGGAAAGCACGUUGUUUUUGGUCAGGUUGUUGAAGGAUUUGAUGUGAUUAAGAAGGCUGAAGCUGUUGGAUCCAGCUCUGGAAGGUGCUCUAAGCCUGUUGUGAUUGCUGACUGUGGUCAACUCUGCUAGAUCUGAUGGACCCUUGAUGAUGAUGAUCUAGUGUUAUUAUCAGUCCUAAUAUUUGAGUCGCCGUUUUAGGCCUUUGUUUUUAAUUUUAAUCUAUGUUUACUGUUUGGUUGGGUUGGGUCGGGUUGAAGGGUCUAGGGUUUUGCUGUAAUUGGUAUUGGUUUGGCUUGUACCAGUUUAUGUUUUAAUCUUAAGACUACUACAAUUAAAUAAGAUAAUAGAUUUCCAUCUUA